UAACAAUGUUUAGAAACAAGUGGAACGUCAAAGGAGGUGGAUGUGCGUCGUCGCAUGAGAAAGUUUAAUUCGUGAUUCGUGAAGUGAGUCGAGUGAUACCGAGCGGCUCGGUGCUACCAAUGGUUCGGCAGUUCGGCCACGGCAUGGAGACCACCUUCUACGACGAGCAGUACCCCCUGAGCGGCCCCGUGGAGAGCCUCAAGCGCUCGCUCACGCUGGACCUGGAGUUCGGGCGCGGCGGCAAGCGCGCGCGCAACGGCGCGCCCGUGCUGUCGUCGCCCGACCUGCAGCUGCUCAAGCUGGGCUCGCCCGAGCUGGAGAAGCUCAUCAUGCAGAACGGCAUGAUCACCACGGCCACGCCCACGCCGGGCGGUGCCGUGCUGUUCCCCGCCGUGGCGCCCACGGAGGAGCAGGAGCUGUACGCGCGGCCCUUCGUGGAGGCGCUGGACAAGCUGCACCACGGCGAGCCGGCGCCGCGGCGCGUGUACGCCGACCUGGACCGGCCGCUGGAGCGCUUCCCCACGCCCGUGGUGAAGGACGAGCCGCAGACCGUGCCCAGCGCCGCCAGCUCGCCGCCGCUGUCGCCCAUCGACAUGGACUCGCAGGAGCGCAUCAAGCUGGAGCGCAAGCGGCAGCGCAACCGCGUGGCGGCGUCCAAGUGCCGGCGGCGCAAGCUGGAGCGCAUCUCCAAGCUGGAGGACAAGGUCAAGCUGCUGAAGGGCGAGAACGCGGAGCUGGCGCAGAUGGUGGUGAAGCUGAAGGACCACGUGUCGCGGCUCAAGCAGCAGGUCAUCGAGCACGCCAACGGCGGCUGCCACAUCGACGCGCACUUCUGAGCGGCGGCGCGCGCUCCCCACAUUCCAUGCUAGUCGCGCCCGCUCGGACGCAGCAUACAAAGCGAUUUGUGAUCUUAAUUUUACCGUGUAAUAUAUAGUUAACUCUAGUGUGUAAGCUGGACUUCGGUGACGUGUGGUCGAGUGGCAGUGAGCGGAGGCGAGGGUGUACUUAGAGAGCUACCGUCGUAAGUCGCAGUUAUGAUUUUCCUUGUAUCAGUAUUGCGUUGUCUCAUUUAGAAUAGUGUAGAAACUAGAAAGGAUAAUCGUGCAACGUCAUUCGAGUGCAGACUGAGCGAGGUUGAAGCGACGUUGCCAGUUUUACGGCAAAUUUCCCGUUCUAGCGAUGUUGCCAUAUCGCAGUGUUGUUGGGAUUGUCAUUGUUCAUUAGCUGGUACGGUGACCCCGAAGGACCUAAAACUUUACCAAAUGUGUACUUUUGGAGGAGUGUGUAUAAUAUGUACGUAUGUCAAACAAAUUCAGAAUUUGGACAAGUGAGAAAGAAGACAGCUCGUCAGAGCCCAGAAGUGAUAAGUGCGAAAGGGAUGCGAUCGCGCGUCGAGCUGGCAACGGCGCAUCGACAAGUCAGGAGCGGAUGUUCUGUUAAUUAAAAUUCCGCCUGCGCCGCCCUCGCGGAAUGGCGGCCAUGUGUUCGGCUCCGGCAGUCGGACGAUCCGAAUCACGUUUCGUUGCACAAGGUUAACGUUUUUCACAAGGAUGAUGGCGCCUCGAUGCCUGAUGGAUUCUGCUCUUUGCUCGACGACUGCACGUUGCUAGUGUGAAAGACUGAUAGUGUGUGAGACAGUAUGCCUUGUGAGGAUGUUGCGAGACGAAUGUCAAACGUUGCUGUUUUGUAAAAUGUCUCAGAACUGACCCGGUGCUCUUUAAAGGUCUUUAAACGUGAGGCCGUCCGAUUAAAGUGAGAUUGACGAAUGCGAGUCUGAUGAGUGCGUGAGUUGAGAUUGAAUGUGCGAUGUAUUUAUUAGUGAGAAUGUUUAAUUACUUAGUAUCAAGUAGCAAUCUCGAGUGCCUACGCUUUGUAAAGUGAAGCCUGUUUUUAUUGUUUUUGUUACCAUUAAAUACGCUACAGUGAAAUUGUUCUGUACCAUUGUCUUCUAUAGGUUAUUAUAAGUAAUAUUAUACCAAUUAACAAGUUGAAUUGUUAUAGACUAUAUUGGGGGACCUUGCCGUGGGACCGUGAUAUUGGCUUGGCAUUAAAGUAUGAAUGCUUUAAGGAAUGUUAUGUACAGAGAUAUUGUAGGACUGUAGGCGAAGACGUAAACGGCAAGUGAACCUUUUUGUAUUAUUUUAUACAAAAAUGAUUCUUCAGAAUGUUAACAAUAAUUUGUAAGUUUAUAAAGAUAAAACAGUUAUACUAAAAUAAUAUAUUUUUAUCAAUUUAACAAAGAAUAUUGUUUUAUACUGAAUACGUAUUGUAUGAUAAAACAGAAUAAAGAAAAAAUAAAUUAUGAAGAUUAUUAUACCAUUCAA